ACAGCCGUGCCGACGAAAAGAGUGCACAAAGCGUAAUGUGGAAGAAUUGAAGGAAAAAAGAAGAAAAAAAAUCAUCAAGUAUAGAGGCCAAAACGCAGCAGUCGAGGGCAAAGUUAUUCACAAAAUUUUUAACAUUUUCAAUGUAAUAAAGGCACGGGGUGCUAGAUAAAAGUGCAGGCAAAGGAAAACAGCAAGUUAAAGGCAAUAACAAGAAACAGAAAUUGCGCAGGCGAAAUCAGCCAAAGCCGACACACACACAGCCACAUUCACGCACCACACACUCGCACACACACACACAAGCGCGCGUGCCUUGGCAGGUGAAGAGCAAGUGAGAGGAAGGCAGGAAGGCGGUGGAGGAGGUGGUGAAGCUGGUGCUGGAGGCGCCAAAGGCCCCCAACGCCCCUAUAAAUCAAAUACCUGCCGGCUGCUGCAGGAUUUGUUGAGGAUCUGUUUAAAACUAAACUGGAGGAUAAGAGGAAAUCAAAAGCAGCAACGGCAACGACUUCAUCAUCAUCCAGUUCAACUAGUUGUUGUAGUUCGCAUCUGGUUCUACAGCUGGACCUGGUGGAGAAGUGCAACCAGCGGCAGAAACAGCAUUAUCAACACAACAACAGCAACAACAACAACAACAACACCACAAAGUGAAGCGGCAGGGAGUAACCGCAGCAACAACAACAAUAAGAAGCACUAUCAAAGGGGCAGAAGCAGCGUAUUUGGCGAACAUUUUGCAUUGAUGGUAAUGCAUGCUAGAAAACCGCAGCGUAUGAACGAUGGGUACUUUGAGAAGCAUACCAGUCACACAUCCUAUCAGAGCUCAAAGUACAGCAGUUCAAAGCGCGACUAUGAACGCGAUCGUUCUUCCAAUUACCGCGAUCGUGACAUUUCGCCAGGCGGUGGAGGUGGAAACAACGGCGGCAGUGGCAGCGGAGGAGGCAGCGGCGGCAGUGGCGGAGGCGGAAAUAGCGGUAACGGAGGCGGCGGACCAUUGAAUAAUGGCAACAGCUAUCGUUCACAAUCACCCGACAUCGAUUCACCAUCAUCGCGUUCACAUGAUUUAAGAGAACGCAACGAUCAUCGUGGUGGUGGCGGCGGUGGCAGCGGUGGUGGUGGUGGCAGCGGCGGCGGCGGUAGUGGUGGCGGCGGACGCGGUGGCAGUGGAGAGCGUUAUAGUUUCAUACAGAAAAUGCGUGAUCGUGAUCGUGGUGAUGUCUACAAAAAGGACAAAUAUUCCGACAAACGUGAUCGUCGCGGUAAUGAUCGUGACUCUGAAUCCUAUCGCACCAAUCAUGACAGAGACCGUCGUGGCGGCGGCGGUGGUGGAGGAGGCGGCGGCGGCAGUAGCGGUGCCAGCAGCGGUAAAUUGUGCUCUUCAUCCCGUGAGAACGACAAACGCUCCGGCUCGGAUGACCGGGAUCGUGAGCGUGAUCGCGAUUUACGUGAUAUGCGCGAUAAGCGAGAUCGUGGCGCCGAUCGUGACAGAGAUAUGUACAAGAAGGACAAAUAUGCAGAUAAACGAGAGCGCAGCGAUCGUGGCGAACGUACGGCACGUUAUGGCGACUGGAGUGAGCAUGUUAGCUCGUCGGGGAAAAUGUAUUACUACAACUGCAAAACGGAAAUUUCCCAGUGGGAAAAACCUAAGGAAUGGGUGGAUAGAGAAAGAAAUUUGCCGCGUGAUCAGCAUCGUGAGAAGGACUAUCGCGAUAAGGAACGUGAUCGGGAUCGCGAUGAUCGCUUUUCAAGAUCGACUUACAAACAUUCCAAUUCUUCGCGGGACAAUUCACGACUGAGAUGGAAUUAUAAUGAUGAUGGUGGUCCGCCUAGUCAUCGAAGGCGUGUAGAUGGUCGACAUAACGAUAAUGCAGAUAUGGAUAUCAGUGGCGAUUCCACGCCCACCUCCGAAGCCAGUUACUCCCUGAGCGGAACGCCGACCACACAUGGUGGUGGUAAUGGAGGAGGAGGAGGAGGAGGUGGCAGUGUAGGUGGCGGCGGUGGCAACGGAGGUGGUGCUGGUGGUGGAUCUGCUAAUUCAGCAUUAAAUGACCAACAGUCAUCUGUGAUUGUGCCCCAAGGAUCGAUGCCCAACAAUUUGGGUAAUGCCCUGCCACGUUUGGCUUCACAUCCCAAUGCGAAUGCGGCAGCAGCAGCUGCUGCCCUCCAUUAUGCAGCAACUGUGGGCGCCGGUGGAGUGGUUGGACCAGUGAGCAGCGGCGCCACAAUGUUGCCCACCAGCGGAUUGGCCUCAGUGCCGCCCAGCAUUGCCAAUAGCAACAGUAGCCUUAGAAACUCAGUUGUCGGCCACAUUGGCUCCACAUCCAGCACAACUGUGCCAACGUUAGCAUCUCAGGAGCAUCAUAUAAACUCGAAUGCGUCUGGUCAGCCAGGUGGUAAACUACUGUCUGGUGGUAGUGGUGUAGCUGGUGCUGGUAGCGGCGGCAGUGGCAAAGAUCAAUCUCUACUCAAGCGACAGAUGAUGCAUAUGAGUGUGCUGGAUGUGACGGCGGCGCAUCAUCAUCAUCAUCAUCUAGUGACCACCAGUGGAGUCUCGGUUGUAGUCGGUGGUGGACCAGGCGGUAGUUCUGGCAGCGGAGGCGGUAGUAGCGGUAGCAAUGUUGCAUCAACGGAUGGUGUACUGAAUCAUGCCUAUAACUCGGUCAAUAAUGUGAAUGCCAGCAGUUUAACUAGCCUACGAGAAAACAAUGUCAACUCACCGCUAUAUAUGCCACAUUCGCAUCAUAGUCUGUCGCCAUCGCUGAACUACACCAAGAGUCCUAUACCCACCAUUGUGGGCGUGAGUGUUGGACAUGCGAACAAUGUGAAUCCCAGCUCCGCAUAUACCUGCAAUUCAAAUUUUGGCCUCAAGACUGUUGUUGAUGUCGGUGCGGUGGGUGUGGGUGUGGCCACCUCAUCGGCUGGCGGGACUAAUGCUGCAGCGGCUGCAGCUGCGGCAGCAGCAGCGGCAACAGCAGCAGCCGGUGCCGGUGGCAUAAAUACGGUUGUCCCUGGCCUGGGCACUGUUAGCGGUAUCAGUGUGAUCACCUCGAUGGGUAGCAAUUGCAUGAGUGGAAGUAACAGUGCGGUCGAGGGUCCACCUACACCCACCCAAGAACUAGAUAUAAGUGGCUCAGCUUUAGAACAACAGCAGCAGCAACAGCAACAAGUGGUUGCGGCAGCAGCCGCUGCAGCAGCAGCUCUAGCAGCUGCCCAAGUUUCAGUCCAACAGCAACAGCAGGUGGCAGCGGCGCAACAGGCUCAACAGCAAAGGAAACUGGAUGGCGUCGCUUCUGGUACAAUCAGUUCACUGCAAAGUUGCGUGGCGUCUUCCGUGCAGGCUGCCAAUCUCCGUGGACCCGAAAUAUCACCAAAACUGGCAAAAUACUUUCGUGCUGAUCUGAUUGCACAUGUAACCAACUGGCAGGCAGAGAUAUUAGAGCGUCAGGUAGGCUUUGAGGCGCAAAAGUGCUGCGAGGACACGCACAUAUUUGGGGACCUCAAUUGCACCAGGAUCUGUGCUGAAUUAAAGUGCGCACGCAGCUUGGUGCGCAGCACAGAGAUCAAUGCCACACUACAGGAACAGAAAAUUAUGUAUCUGCGCCAACAAAUACGCCGUAUUGAGGAGUCGAAGACUCAGAACGCUUUCAUGUCGGACGAUACUUAGGAUCAGGAGCAGGUUAGGCUGCGCAUUCAUCGUAAGCUGUCAGUUAGGCUCAAAAAGAGCAUAUUCUGGCGCAGCUGAUGAUGAUAAUGUUGAGUGAUUGAUUGAUUGGUUGAUUGAUCAGCUAGCAAAUGAAAUCAAUCGAUCGAUCGAUCAAGCAGCAACAUAAAUGUGCGGCAUGUGACCUGCUGCUCAUUCAACUUGCACUCGUUCCGACACAACUCUGCGCCUGCUCCUCCAGCUUCAUCGGGUUGCAUUCAAUGUUCAUGUUCUUGUCCCUGCUUGGCCCCUUUUUGGAUAUAUAUUUGGCACUGUUCAAUCCUUAAAAAUGAGGCCAAUGAUUAGACAACAGGAUGCAACGACUAAAAAUACAAUACAAAUACACACACACAUACACCAAUACACAUACAUAUAUAUGUAUACAAAUACAUACUCGGAUGUUCAACAAAAUCGGAGUGAAAGGAAAACGAAAAAACAAAAGGGAGAAACUAAAAACAUAAUUUAUAAUAAUUAGCAAAGCAUAAUUCAACAUAAAAACAAAACAAAAACAAAAAAAGAAAUCACAGAAAAACAAAAACACUACAAAAUAACAACUAAAACAUAAGCAAGAAGCAAAAGCGGCAAAUACAAAUACAGCAAAAUGAGAAGAAAAAUGAGAAAAACACCAAAAACAAAUCAAUAAAAGAACAAGCUAAUAUCCCAAUUGAAUAUAUAGAUAAAUCGCAAACAAGAGAGAAACCAAUACAAAACACAGAAGCAAUAUGGAUAAUGCCUCAUCAUAACGAAUCGACAAAAACAAAAACAAAAAAAACAAAAAUAAAAACUAACACACACACAAAGUCAAGUCAACAUAGUAUACUCAAAAUGGGAAAGUAAAUGCUAUAUAGACAUAUAGUGUAUAUGUGAAGACAAAUUGUAUAUUUACAAAUUGAGAAGGAGAGAUUAACCAUUGAAUUGGUUAAUCGAUCCAAGUGGAUAAUGUAAUAGCAGCGAAUAUAUUGUCCUCAUUUAUUUUUUACAAUACUAGAAUGUUGUUGAUUUCGAAUCAAUUUCGAUGUUAUACAAUGAAAUACUUCA